AUGUCUCCCGCUUCCGCCACGAAGGCCAAGGUCAACCACUCCGACAAGAACCAGCCUGCCUCGCGAGCUUCCAGCGUCUCCAAAGCUGACCCCGAGAGCCCCGGCAACGAUGCUUCGACUGAUAGCACUGACAACAACUACCUCAAGGAGCUGCAAAAGUACGUGACACUCACGAUCGCAAAUUUGGCCACAUCGGGCCUCCGCAACACGAUCAAGAAACUGAAUGCCACCGCCAAGGUCGACGCCAUUAUCGCCGAAAACCCGGGCAAGUCCCUCGAUGAUCUCGUUGCAGACAAGAUCAUCAACAACGACCAGAAGGCCCAGAUACUGAAGAAACCUGCGCUGCAAGCUACUCUGUCCCAGAUCGAGGAGCAGAUCGGCCACUACAAGCAGUUCGCCGCCCAGUGCGAGGAGCGCCUGGCUAGCCAGAAGAGCGCGCUGCAGAAGGCCCACAUGGAGGAGCUGGACGCUGUUCGUGGGAACGCGAUUGCCGACGCGACGGAGGCUUCUAACCAGGCCCUCCGCGAGCGUCUGCUUACCCUGAGCAAAUUCUUGUGCGCUGCGGCGAACAUCCGCCGCUCUGGUGACUCAGUCUCCCUUGAGAGCCGCUCGUUCGAGGCUGUUCUCUUCCAGGUCUAUGGUGGUUCUCAGGAGGCGGUGGAUUCGAUGAUCAAGCUGAUUGAUGGCUCGGAUGAGAAGUUGGUCGCCGUCGAGGGCGAUGCGCUUGAAUUGACCUAUAACGAUGUGAAAGUGGCUUCCACCAAGUAUUCGCCCGAGGAAGAUGAGACCACUUCAGUCACUGCGCAGACCACCGCCCAGGCCGCCCCAGCCUCGGAUCCUACCCUGGCGAAUGCAGGCCUCACCGAGCUCCAGGAUACCAGCGUUGGUGCCAACAGCUUCGCACGAUCUGACCAGACGGCUCCGCCCGUCCAGAGCAUGGUGGGGGAUUCCGCUAACCCGGUGGCGGAGACUAGCUGGAAUGCUAAUGACCCGACCUCGAUGACUUCUUCGGCCACCACUGACGGAUGGGUGGAAGUGCCUCGCGACCCUGCUGAGACCGAGACUGGCCUCCAGGCCACUCCCGCGGCUCUCGACACUACGGCUGCUGAUGCUUCCGGUGCUAAGGGGAACGGCGGCCGCAGCCGCGGACGUGGUGGACGCAGUCGUGGCGAGGGCUUCCGUGGCCGUGGCCGUGGCGAAGGCCGAGGUCGCGGUGAGGGCCGUGGUCGUGGUCGUGGCGGACGCGGUCGUGGACGCGGUGGUGCUAAUGGUGCCAACGACUCGAACGGCACUACUCCUGCGGCAGAGACCCCCUCGACCAACGGGUUUGGGCCUGACGGAUGGUAA